CCACUUUUAUUUCUUUCCUUUUUGGCUGGAAGCUUUCUUCCUCAAAUUCGAUGAGUUUCUGAAGAGAAUAUCAUUCCUUCGUCCCCAAUCUCUCUCUCCUGUUCUUUCCUUUUCUCCUCCAUUUUUUUCUUCUUCUGAUGAUCGAUUUUUCCGUUGCUUUUCCCUUUCCCUUUUCCCUUUUUUUUUUUGUAUUAAUAAACGAAUAAAUAACUAAAUAUACUAGUAGCAGAAUUUUCUGCAUCAUCAUCGUCCACGAUGCUGUCGCUGCAGAGUGAUCCGCGGCAGCACCACCAGCAGCAGGUGCAGAACCACCAGCAGCAGGUGCACCAGCAGCAUCAGCAAUUGUUGCAGCAGGUUGUUGGUGUUGUGAAUUAUAGCAAUAGUAUAGGGAAUAAUAGUAGUAACAGUAAUAAUGUUGGAGGCGGUGUUGAUCGGCGGAGUGAUCUGGUGUUCUCGUUGCAUAACGACUCCGGUGCUUUGCCGCCAUCUGCGAAUAUUAAGCAGGAGCUUUUGUCCCGUGAAGUUGAUGAAGAUAUGCUCUUGACAAUUGCUCAUCAGAAUUACAAAGCGGGGAACUAUAAGCUGGCUUUAGAGCAUAGCAAGGCUGUGUAUGAUAGAAACCCUCGUCGGACUGAUAAUCUUCUUCUUUUGGGUGCAGUUUAUUAUCAGUUGCAUGAUUUUGAAGAAUGCAUUAAAAAGAACCAAGAAGCUAUUGCAUUGGAGCCUCACUUUGCUGAGUGCUAUGGAAACAUGGCAAAUGCUUUGAAGGAGAAAGGCAAUAUUGAUCUUGCAAUCCAGUAUUAUUUGGUGGCGAUUGAGCUUCGCCCCAAUUUUGCUGAUGCAUGGUCAAACCUAGCUAGUGCAUAUAUGAGGAAGGGAAGGCUUAAUGAGGCAACACAAUGUUGCCGUCAAGCUCUUGCUUUGAAUCAUCGUCUGGUUGAUGCUCAUAGUAACCUUGGGAAUUUGAUGAAAGCUCAAGGAUUAGUGCAAGAGGCGUACAAGUGCUAUGUCGAGGCUCUUCGUAUACAACCAUCAUUUGCUAUUGCAUGGUCCAAUCUAGCUGGUCUUUUCAUGGAGGCUGGCGAUCUUAAUAGGGCAAUGCAGUAUUAUAAGGAAGCAGUCAGGUUGAAGCCAAAUUUUGCAGAUGCCUAUUUGAACCUGGGGAAUGUUUACAAGGCUUUGGGAAUGCCUCAGGAUGCAAUUAUGUGUUAUCAACGUGCCCUUCAAGCGCGACCAGAUUAUUCAAUGGCUUUUGGCAACAUGGCUAGCGUAUACUAUGAGCAAGGCAACCUGGACAUGGCAAUACUCCACUAUAAGAGAGCGAUUUCAUGUGACACGGGGUUCUUAGAGGCAUAUAAUAACUUGGGAAAUGCUCUAAAAGAUGCUGGAAGAGUAGAAGAAGCAAUUCAUUGUUAUCGACAAUGCCUCUCUCUCCAACCUAGUCAUCCCCAGGCACUAACCAAUCUUGGGAAUAUUUACAUGGAGUGGAACAUGAUGAAUGUUGCUGCCCAAUGUUACAAGGCAACUAUUUCUGUGACAACAGGGCUUUCUGCUCCUUACAAUAAUUUAGCAAUAAUACACAAACAGCAGGGUAAUUAUGUGGAUGCUAUAACUUGCUACAAUGAAGUUCUUAGAAUUGAUCCUAUGGCUGCUGAUGGGCUUGUCAAUCGCGGUAAUACUUUCAAGGAGAUUGGAAGAGUUACUGAAGCAAUUCAGGACUAUUUACGAGCUAUAACUAUCCGGCCUUCAAUGGCUGAAGCUCAUGCAAAUUUAGCCUCAGCUUACAAGGACAGUGGUGGUGUGGAGGCAGCCAUUAAGAGUUACAGGCAAGCGUUGAUGCUACGUCCAGAUUUUCCAGAAGCUACCUGUAAUCUUCUUCACACGUUGCAGUGUGUGUGUGACUGGGAUGACCGUGAUGGGAUGUUUAAUGAAGUUGAAGGCAUACUCAGAAGACAGAUAAAGAUGUCAGUCAUUCCAAGCGUGCAGCCGUUCCAUGCAAUAGCUUAUCCCCUUGAUCCUAUGCUUGCUCUGGAGAUCAGUCGAAAAUAUGCUGCCCAUUGUUCUGUGGUUGCUGCCCGAUAUUCACUUCCUCCUUUCAAGCAUCCUGCUCCAUUACCCAUAAAGGGCGGGGGUAGGGUUGGCCGAUUAAGGGUUGGGUAUGUGAGCAGUGAUUUUGGUAAUCACCCACUGUCACACCUUAUGGGUUCGGUAUUUGGCAUGCACAAUAGAAAUAAUGUUGAGGUUUUCUGCUAUGCUUUGAGUCCUAAUGACGGCACUGAAUGGAGGUUGCGGAUCCAGUCAGAAGUUGAAAAUUUUAAGGACGUGUCUUCCUUGUCGUCUGAUGUGAUUGCCAGGAUGAUCAAUGACGAUCAAAUUCAAAUACUUAUUAAUCUCAAUGGAUAUACUAAGGGGGCUAGGAAUGAAAUUUUUGCCAUGCAACCAGCUCCCAUCCAGGUUUCAUACAUGGGAUUUCCUGGGACAACUGGAGCAAACUAUAUAGAUUAUCUGGUCACAGAUGAGUUUGUUUCACCUAUGUGUUACUCGCAUAUAUACUCUGAGAAGAUUGUCCAUCUGCCCCACUGCUAUUUUGUAAAUGAUUAUAAGCAGAAGAAUCUGGAUGUUCUAGAUCCAAAUUUCCAGCAUAAGAGAUCAGAUUAUGGGCUUCCAGAGGAUAAAUUUAUAUUUGCUUGCUUUAACCAGCUUUACAAGAUGGAUCCAGAAAUUUUUACCACCUGGUGCAAUAUUCUAAAACGUGUGCCAAAUAGUGCUCUCUGGCUUCUGAGAUUCCCAGCUGCAGGCGAAAUGAGACUUCGUGCAUAUGCUGCUGCACAGGGUGUGCAACCAGACCAAAUUAUUUUUACAGACGUUGCUAUGAAACAGGAACAUAUUAGGCGAAGUGCCUUAGCAGACCUUUUCCUCGACACGCCCUUGUGCAAUGCACACACAACUGGAACUGAUAUUCUCUGGGCUGGUUUGCCUAUGGUGACCCUUCCACUUGAGAAAAUGGCAACUAGAGUUGCUGGAUCAUUGGCUUUGGCCACAGGAUUUGGCGAGGAGAUGAUAGUCAGCAGCAUGAAAGAGUAUGAGGAAAGGGCCGUAUCUCUGGCACUUAAUCGUCCAAAGCUCCAGGAUCUUACAGAGAGACUGAAAGCUGCUCGUAUGACAUGCCCUCUAUUUGAUACAGCACGCUGGGUGCAAAAUUUGGACCGUGCUUACUUUAAGAUGUGGAAUAUCUACUGCUCUGGCCAGCAUCCUCAGCACUUCAAAGUGGCUGAGAAUGAUUUAGAAUUCCCGUAUGAUCGAUAGAAAGAGUUAAUAUAGGAGAGAGAGACAGGAUUGUAGAUAAGGCAACGAGAAUAUAAAAAAUUAUUGUUUUGAAGCUUAGAAUAUGAUUUGGGCUGGUAAUGUUAGUAGGAUGUUGGUUGGGUUAGUUAUUCUAGUAGUUUGAGGCGAUCAAACUACAAUUAGACUAAAGCCGUUCUGACAAGGAGGUCAAUAAUAUUAUACAGGUUCCUUGCCCAAUGUUUGCUACAUUUUCCUUAGUGGUUCUUGAAGCUGCCGCAGGAAUUUGAAGUGGUACAUGCAUCUUCAAGUUGUCGUGUGGGGGUUCAUUUGAGGAAAUCGAAUGUGGAAAUUCAUGGAGCUCAAAUGCGGGGUUGAUGGUCUUUUUGGUUCGGGGGUGUGUGGUUUUGAGGGCCAAGAAGCUUCAGAGUUCGGGCAGUGGAUUGGACACCAAAUAUACAACUGGAUAAGCAUUGUUCAUUGGAUUUCGCUUUUCAGAACUAUGGGGCAUUGAAAAGUAUUGAAUCGUUGCUUUGGUGGAGAAAACAAAACCGUGUCCCAUUGAAAACAUGCACAUCCAGACGGAUACGUAAAACUUUUAUCUAAAGCGGUUUGGUACGAGGCGAAAAACUUGUGCGUAACCGAAAUGAAUGGUUGAUAGGAACAGGGGUCUACCACUUCGGCCAUCUUUCAGACCAUCCUCGAUGGACUAGACACGGUGGAUGACGUUUUGUUAUUUUCCUGGGACGUACAUCUUUUGUCUUGUUCCUUGGGAAAUAUUGGCCGCCACUAAUUGCUAUAGACACGAGAAAUCUAAGUGGAGAGAUGAACUUGAGCAUAAGCUCCUCUUUUGGUCCUGUCAUGUUGUCUAGAAGGAUGGCAAAAGGAGUGUUCUGGAUUCAGCAAUAGAUUGAAAGUGACAUAAGGGCAAUUUUCUUUUUUGUUUUCUUGAUAGAUAAUCAAAUACAGUCCCCUCUGGAGCUCGGGUA